AUCGAAGAAAUGUGCCAUCCUUACAAACUUGUGAAAAGAGCAUCUAGAGCACUUUCCUUCCCAAAAAAAUAUAGACUCACUCAAUUUGUCGAAAGAAGUUACGAUCGAGCAAAAAUCAACAUCCCUGAAAAACUACAAACAAGUCACCUGGAGCACAACGCAAGCUUUGUUAAAGGCCUUGUCGAUAAAGUAGGAGAUCGCAACCCUAUUUUCAAAGUUCGGAAAAUACUCGGAACCGGAAGCUGCUAUCAAAAUACUAAAAUAAUAAGACCAGAUGAGACGGACUAUCUCUUGGUACUGAGUAUAUCAAACCGUGUGAAGACGGUUUGGGAAUGGGCAAAUGUAUAUUCGAUUGAAAUAUGUGAUAAAUCUCUGCUGUUUAAACUAGAACAACAUGGAAUAAGUGAAGACGUCAAUGGGAAGAAUUGUUGUAAUAGUUUACAUCUAGUAAAUGAAUUCAAAAAUCUUGUGAAUGGAUGUCUAAAUGAUCACCAAGAUGUGCUCGGAGUAUCGUACAAGGGAGAUGAUAUACUAUCUUGGAAACAUACCCCUGCUUCUUGGGACGCAUUCAAAAAACACAAUCAUCUACAACAAAUAUAUGGUGAGACACUCUCGAUUAAGAGUAAAUGGCGUAGAGAUAUACGUGACCCAACUCUUGAGAAGGAUCAAGUCGUACUGGAUAGAAUGAAUCAUGGCCCCAGUGUAAGAGUUCGAAUCGGAGGACCUCUCUGUACCACAGAUCUAGACUUGUGUCUCUGCAUUGAUUCACCACAAAUAGAAAAUUCUAGUGAAAGGUAUGUUGCAGUACCUGUUUCAAAACUCGGCGAACCGUAUUGGACUCUUUCGUCUUAUGAGGAUCCAAUCAAGCUUAGGCUAGAUGAAGAUCACAGAAAGAUAUUAAUGGUUUUGAAGGACUUGUUUUCUGAAUGUAAGAAUACUCCGAAUCCGGGGAAUUUAGCAGACUCUCAUAAUCUGAAAACAUUUGUCCUUCACCACCAGGAACGAUGUCUGAAGAGACCAGCUGAAGAGAGGUGCCUGGGAAAUUGUCUGGACGAUAUAGUGCAUCAUAUGUUUGAGAAGUACAACAUGAGAAUAGAUGAGAAUAAUAUCUCAGUAACUAAUACACCUAGUAGUCUAUCUGACAUGAUCUUUCCAGGGGUGCCUCUACGCAUAAGUGAUAGCGAUGAAUAUAGUUCGGGUCUUCCUGUUUUGUUCCUGUACGCUUUGAUGCAGCUUGUGAAGAUGGACUCUCCAAUCUCGGGACACAAAAUCCAUUCUAUUGAUCGCUGGUUGAUCAUCAAUGAAGUAAACAAAUACAUAAUAGAGAAAAGACAUAAGUGGAUUUUACCAUUAAGUGCAAUGGAACAUAUUAAAGAGAGCUUAAUUAAAUAUAAACUUAGAUCAGCUAUUAGUUAG